GGAAGACACCAGCAGAAAUUUAAAAAUCAUCUCGAGCUGGAAAAAUACUCCACACCGGUAAAAAAAUCGCUUCCUCCGUGCCCUGCUCCGUCAGAGAAGAGGGGAGGGUCGAGGCAGCGCUGUCAACGCGGGGGGUAAUCGGGGGCCGUCGUAGACAGCUCACAAGGGCGCCGGAGACCGGGAGCGCGCGUAUGCUGCGGCUUUGAGACGGGCCCACCUGGCAGCCGCCUGCGCUCGGAUGGCUGCGUCGCCGGAGAUGCUGCGGAGGUGUUGGUGGGCGGCGGCGGCGGUCUUGUCGGCGGUGCUGACCGUGAGCCGGGUCUCCGCCAACACAGAGGGUGAUGCUCUGUACAGUCUGCGUCAAAGCCUUAAAGAUGCUAACAAUGUGCUGCAGAGUUGGGAUCCCACUCUGGUUAAUCCAUGCACAUGGUUCCAUGUUACUUGUAACACUGACAACAGUGUAAUCAGAGUUGAUCUUGGAAACGCACAACUAUCAGGUGCAUUGGUGUCCCAACUUGGACAGUUGAAAAAUCUACAAUAUUUGGAGCUGUACAGCAACAAUAUAAGUGGGACAAUACCUUUGGAACUCGGGAACUUGACAAACCUGGUCAGUUUGGAUCUGUACCUGAACAAAUUCACUGGCGGUAUUCCAGACACAUUGGGGCAACUCUUAAAGUUGCGAUUCCUCCGUCUUAACAACAACAGUCUUUCUGGUCAAAUUCCACAAUCCUUGACCAAUAUUAGCACCCUCCAAGUUCUGGAUCUAUCAAACAACAAUCUCUCCGGAGCGGUUCCUUCAACUGGCUCGUUUUCACUCUUUACCCCUAUAAGUUUUGGUAAUAAUCCAAAUCUUUGUGGCCCGGGUACUACGAAACCAUGUCCUGGGGCACCUCCUUUUUCUCCACCGCCUCCAUUCAAUCCUCCAACACCACCCGCGGCACAAGGUGACCCUAAAACCGGAGCAAUUGCUGGAGGUGUUGCUGCGGGUGCUGCAUUGAUAUUUGCUGUUCCUGCAAUUGGAUUUGCACUGUGGCGGCGACGUAAACCUGAAGAGCAUUUCUUUGAUGUCCCUGCUGAGGAGGAUCCAGAAGUGCACCUUGGCCAGCUGAAGAGGUUCUCACUAAGGGAGCUUCAAGUUGCUAGCGAUAACUUCAGCAAUAAGAACAUUCUAGGAAGAGGUGGCUUUGGAAAGGUGUACAAGGGGAGACUGACAGAUGGUACAUUGGUAGCAGUUAAAAGAUUAAAAGAAGAACGUACUCCUGGUGGCGAACUCCAAUUCCAAACAGAAGUUGAAAUGAUUAGUAUGGCAGUGCAUAGGAACCUGCUUCGUCUCCGUGGAUUCUGCAUGACACCUACAGAACGGCUACUAGUCUAUCCAUACAUGGCUAAUGGUAGCGUUGCAUCACGUUUGCGAGAGCGAGGGCCAAAUGAGCCGGCUCUUGAAUGGGAAAAGAGAACUCGGAUUGCACUGGGAUCUGCCAGAGGACUGUCUUACUUGCAUGAUCACUGCGACCCCAAGAUCAUUCAUCGUGAUGUCAAAGCCGCAAACAUUCUCUUGGAUGAAGACUUUGAGGCGGUUGUGGGUGACUUUGGACUGGCCAAGCUUAUGGACUACAAGGACACUCAUGUAACCACAGCUGUCCGUGGAACGAUCGGGCAUAUUGCUCCCGAGUACCUAUCCACCGGAAAGUCCUCUGAGAAGACGGAUGUUUUCGGUUAUGGGAUCAUGCUUCUGGAGCUUAUCACUGGACAGAGGGCAUUCGACCUCGCGCGUCUUGCAAACGACGACGAUGUCAUGCUGCUUGACUGGGUGAAAGGGCUGCUGAAAGAGAAGAAGGUGGAGAUGCUGGUGGACCCGGACCUGCAGAGCGUGUACGUGGAGCACGAGGUGGAGGCGCUGAUCCAGGUGGCGCUGCUGUGCACGCAGGGGUCGCCGAUGGACCGGCCCAAGAUGUCGGAGGUGGUGAGGAUGCUGGAGGGCGACGGGCUGGCGGAGCGCUGGGAGGAGUGGCAGAAGGUGGAGGUGGUCCGGCAGGAGGCGGAGCUGGCCCCGCGAAACAACGACUGGAUCGUCGACUCCACCCACAACCUCCGGGCGGUGGAGCUGUCCGGCCCGAGGUAACAGGAAAAAAGAAGAAAACAAAAUCGUCUCCUCAUCGACGAGCUCCGGCUAGUGGCGCCUCGUUUCAGAAUUUCUAGCUCUCUUUUGUACAUGAUGACCGACAGAUAGCUGGCCCCUUUAAUUAGUGUCAAAUUUGGAAGGGGAAAUGUCAGCAGCAGUUCCCAGUUGUAGGCUGCUCUUGACUGCAACUCAUUGUUGUGGUGGCUAAUGCUACUCCUGCUGUAUGGUACUUGUACGUGCACA